UAAAAUAUUGAGAAGCAGGUGUUGAAUGCCAAGUUAAUUGAGAAAUUGGACUUUGAUUAUUAUAGCCUAAAUUAGUACCAAACCAACUAUACAUCACCUGAAUCAAAUUCUGUAUUUAAUUCAAUAGUCAGCUUCUGGUUUAAAUUAUCACCAAAGAGCGCUAGAAAAAACUACCCCACUUUAAAGGUUAUUUUUUUAGAAAAAAAGAAAAAAAGAAAGCAACUACCCCACUGUUCUAAUUAGAACUUUGAUUAUUUUUUUUUUAUAAUAAAAACUACUAAAUAGCAAUGACAUAUCAUCCAGAUGCACUGUCUAUUGCAUCGUGAUGCAGUAUAAAAGUAAAUUGAGAGCCCCUUCUCCCCAAAAGACAAGAAUCAAAAAUUAUACAUUAGUAGCUUAGAGACAACCAGUAACGAAUACAGAACGAUAUGGGCACCGAAGGAGCAGAACAGAAUGGCGUUUUCAGGGUCACGAUUAAGAAGAAGGAGGUGGUGGCAGCAGUGCUACCAAUGCAAGAACAUUGGUUGUCACUCUCCAACCUAGACCUGCUUCUCCCUCCAGUAGACGUGGGUGUAUUCUUUUGCUACAGAAAACCAUUAAUUGGAGAUCAGAGUUUUGGGUCCAUGGUGACUGUUCUAAAGAAAGCCAUGGCUCAAGUUCUGGUGUCUUACUAUGCCUUUUCCGGUGAGAUUGUGGGAAACUCUAUUGGAGAGCCAGAAAUAAUCUGCAACAACCGUGGGGUCGAUUUUAUUGAAGCUUCUGCAGAUACUGAGCUUGAACAACUCAACUUGUAUAACCCCGACCAGAGCAUUGAAGGCAAACUCGUUCCCAAGAAGAAGAAUGGUGUACUUGCUGUUCAGGCAACUGAACUCAAAUGCGGGGGUGUAGUGGUGGGAUGCACGUUUGAUCAUCGCAUAGCAGACGCCUAUUCAGCCAAUAUGUUUCUUGUGUCGUGGGCAGAAACAGCUCGUUCCAAGGCUAUAUCGAUGGUUCCAUCUUUUAGGAGAUCUCUGCUACACCCUAGACGUCUUGCUUGCCUCGACCCUUUCCUAGACAACAUGUACGUCCCCAUCUCCAAAUUGCAACCUACAAAAGAGGCUGAUCAUCUUAUAAGUCGGAUAUAUUAUGUUAAGUCCGAUCAACUUAAUCAGCUACAGAAACUUGCUAGCUCCACUGAUUGCAAGAGGACCAAGCUUGAAUCUUUUAGUGCCUUCUUGUGGCAACUAAUUGCCAAAUCUACUAAAAGAGGCCAGGCCUCUGGAAAGGCAUGGGUAUCCAAAAUGGGUAUUGUUGUGGAUGGAAGAAGAAGGUUAAAUAUUGAUCCAUUAACAACACAAAUGGAUGCUUACUUUGGGAAUGUGCUGUCCAUUCCUUAUGGAGGCAAAAGAGUGGAUGAACUAACUGAAAAUUCACUGAGUUGGGUAGCAAAUGAGGUUCAUGAUUUCCUGGAAAGUGCUGUGACAAAAGAGCAUUUCUUGGGGCUGAUUGAUUGGGUCGAGGCACAUAGGCCAGAGCCAGGCCUGGCUAAAAUCUAUAGUAGCGGUAGUGAUGAUGGACCGGCUUUUGUAGUCUCCUCAGGGCAAAGAUUUCCGAUUUCAAAGGUGGAUUUCGGGUGGGGUGUGCCUAUUUUUGGGUCGUAUCAUUUUCCAUGGGGUGGCAGCGCUGGUUAUGUCAUGCCGAUGCCCAGUCCAAUUGGAAAUGGUGAUUGGAUAGUGUACAUGCACCUAUUAAAAGAACAGGUGGAAUUAAUAGAGAUUGAGGCAGCCCAUUUCUUUAGGCCCGUUACAUGCGAUUACCUUAACCUCGUUACAACAUGAUUAAUUUGUAUUUUCAUUUAAUUAUUUUAGUCUAUUUGUCAUAUGAAUGUUUCCGCGUGUCUAAAUUGAAAUGUAACGAUGAUGAUGCUAUUAAAUAUGUGAAACUUUUUAGCCA